AUGAUCCAAGUCAGCAUCAUAGUGAUCCUCCUCAUUUCAUCGUUCCAUGGAAUAAACUCCAAACGAGCAGUCGCAGUGUUGAGGGGAAAUGGAACAGUAAAAGGGACGGUUUGGAUCAAUCAGAGAUCAAAGUACGAUCCUGUCACCAUCGAAGGGACGAUAAUAGGUUUCAAGCCUAACACCAGGCAUGGUUUUCAUAUUCACGAGUUUGGGGAUUUGACAAAUGGUUGCGCUUCUGCUGGACCCCAUUACAAUCCUUUCGGAAAGAAUCAUGGAGCACCUAAGGACUGUGUGCGUCAUAUUGGCGAUCUUGGCAGCGUCAGAGCUGAAGCGAAUGGGGUUGCUAAUAUUCUCAAGAACGAUGACCAAGUAACGCUUUACGGAAAACACUCAGUGGUUGGCCGUGCAUUUGUCGUUCAUGACCUACCUGAUGAUCUUGGAAAAGGAACUGGUGAUAAAAAAGCGGAAUCAUUGAGGACAGGAAAUGCCGGUGCUCGUCUUGCAUGUGGUGUAAUCGGUAUUGCAAAAGAUUGA